UUGAGUAACGUACCCGAGGUUAACGCAUGGAUGAAUUAAGAGAGCGACACCCGUUAUGACAAUAUAUUCAGACAUGUCAAUUAGACAGUAAAAAAACAAAUGUCUAAGUAUAUGUUCUCAAUACAUCAGUCCUACAGUGCGUGGAGGAUAAAUAGUUUUAAAACGCAGACGCUACCGCCGGCACCUCUUUGGUGGUUGUGGUCGGUUCACUGUCACUCGGGUCCCGAGGUUGUUUUACAGCUGAACCAGCAAAAAGGAGCAUCCAAUAAUAACCAGGUAACAAAAAGGCGCAAAAAAGCAAGAUCUUCAUGUCAGCCAGUACUGGACCGCUUUGACCAGCAGUACAGUCAGGAGCUUGGAGACCUGUGGGCAUCUGCGAGAGCAGUGCUCCUGGACCCUCACUCUUGGCAGUAUGGUGUCAUGCUCAACCGCUUCAGCACCGUGACAGGCGUACCACAGAUCCUACAAUCACAGGGCUUUUCCACAUUGCUUCCGCAAACAGGUGUUUCCACGUUGAUUUGUAACGACCCCACAACAGUGUCGCAGUCAAAUUACCAAGCAGGAAAAGACUCCCUGUUGCCACCUGACUACAUCUCCAAAUGCCCUCCUAAUGACUCCCAUCUCCAACCUGACAGCACCUUUCAUGCGCUCGGUCAGGACCUUCAAUCAGAGCCUUCGCUCAGUUUAUCCCGUCCUACACUACAGUGUUACAUCCAUCCAUGUCCACUGCGGUUUCCCUCUCAGGCUCACAGGCCUGGCCAGCUGAAGCAGUACUAUCUCCUGAAUGCUGCCUCCCUGCUUCCAGUGCUGGCUUUGAAAGUCAGAGAUGGGGAGAAGGUUUUGGAUUUGUGCUCUGCUCCUGGGGGCAAAGCCGUGGCCAUAAUGCAGUGUGCCACCCCAGCACUUCUCUGCUGUAAUGAACCAGACCUUCACAGACGGGACUGGCUGGCAAAAACCCUGGAGUCCUUUCUGCCUGAGUCGCUCUCCAGCAGAGUGAUUGUGUCCGCGCAGGAUGGACGAUCUUUUGGGAAAAGUGAGGCAGGAACAUAUGACAAGGUUUUAGUCGAUGCUCCGUGUUCUAAUGAUAAGAGCUGGUUGUAUUGUGGCAGCAGCCAGCAGGGGGAACAGAGACUGAAGGAAAGAGCCGGGCUGCCUGCGCUCCAGGCUCAACUGCUUAGGUCUGCGCUGUCAGCCGUGCGUCCAGGAGGCGUUGUGGUCUAUUCAACCUGCACUCUGUCCAGCUUCGAGAACUGUGCCGUGGUUGAGACAGUGCUGAAUGACUGUCCAGAGGCCGAACCCGAAGACCUGUGGGAGGAGAUUGCCAUUCCCUUAUCAAAAUACUUUACAUUUAGGACUGCUCACCCUGGUCAUGGACAGACGCCUCACAUUUCCUCCCUGCAGCCACAGAAUGGCCCCUCGUCCUCUUAUCACCGCAGACUCGGCAUUUUAGUGGUUCCUCAGCCGGGCAAGACCUGGGGACCCAUGUUUUUGUCUCGGAUUAGAAGAAGGAAAUAGUGUGCAACCUUCUGUGUAGAAAAGAUAUGUGGAAUCACAUGGGGAAGCACACACAUUUCCUUUGUGCAACUUUUGUUACCUGCAGGUUUAAAGUACCUCCUGGAAUGGGCUUCUAACUCAAUCACACAAACUGACAAACAUACCUAUUUGAUAUAGAGAUCUUGUGUUCCAAGCUUUUUCUGCUGCCCACAAAUGGCCAAAACAAUCAGUUAUUUCAGGUUUAAUGGUUUUCUUUUUAGCCUUUGCAGUCAACCCUCUUCUUAUUUAUUAUUAUUUAUUAUUAUGAUUGAUUGAUGAUGGCAGCUAUGGAAACUACUGAGAAACUAGAAGUACAAUUAGAUGAAAUCGACCAAACAUGUUUUUUAAUUGCUCCACAUUAAUAACUGUGGGUCCACGUUGUAUAAUAUAAUUGAUCAAACUAUAAGCCGAUGUGAGAUUGUUAUAUAAAAUUUAAUUCACAGUGUAUUCUAUUAGGAGUGAGUGCUUAUGGUGUGAGUUUUAGUUUCUAGUAAGAGAAGGAGAGUUGACAUUAUAAGACUUAAACAGAUAAACACACAUUGAGAAUCUCCUUCUUCCAAGCCUUAAGUCACUGAUUCCGGUUGCAUUCAUUACAUUUUGAUUGCAUCUCGAAUUGAGUCACCACUGAAUCUUUUAAAAGUUUCUCUCUGAACACUUACAGCUAAUGUUUAUUGGCUUAUGUUUGUUUUUAAUACAGCCAAGUGCCAUAACACUAUUGCAAAUGUCAACACAUGGACAUUACAUAAUACAUACUCGCUGGAAGUUAAAAGUUUUCUGUUUGAGAGAUUAGUUUAAUAACCAGGAAGAGCAGUAAUGAUAUAAUAAACACAAUUCCUCUUCCUU